AUGACAAGUUCUGCUGGAAAACGCGGACCAUCAGUCUUGGUUACUGAUUCUCGGGAACGACAACGUCCUUCUACGGCUCGAAAUAACUCUCAACGACCAAAUAUCAAUGGCACGAAUGCCUCUAGACCAACAAGAUUCAUAUCGGUAGACAACGUUUUACAAUAUGCCUCUCAAAUCCCAUCAGGCCAAGCUCGAGGACCACCAGGACGCAGACCUCAGACUCCAAACCAAAGUCGCGCAAGUGGUCCCAUAUCGGCACGAAUCGCACAACAGAAUGUACCUGGUCGGAGUACGAAAACUAGCGAAAAACUGGUUCUGAUUCCAGAGACAAUAGAUGAAAAGGACGAUUCGGAUACCGAUGAGGUUCUUGGUGCCGAAAGUCGACCGCGAUAUGAUGGUGAUGUGGGACCUUUGACGGAUACUGAAAAGGAUGUACUAAAGAAGAGGGGUGGUAUACGGGGAAAGAGUUAUGCGGAGCGAUUACCGAAAGCAAAGAGAGCAAAUGAAUUGGCCAGGGUUACUGCAUAUUGUACGGCACAAGCGUACAAGACAAAGGUCACAGCUGCAUUUGUAAAGGAAAGACACGGAGCCAAGACAAAGUUAUACGAUGAUUGUCUCUACACAGUUUAUCAUUUACCAUUAUUGCCGGGUACUGAGGGAUUUAGAGUUCGAAGUAGUCCUAUUUUGAAGAGUCCAGGCGGAAAAGCGGUAUUGGAUGAAGAGAUAGAGAGAAGUGAGAACCGAGACUAUCAUGAGGGAUAUUUUGAGGAUAUGGAUACGUACGGUGUAAGGAGUGCAGAGGAUAGUCCUCGAAAUGAAACCGACGAUGACAGACUCAGGAGAGAAGAAGAAGCUCGAAGGAGUAGAGAGGAAACCCACGUCUUUGAACAAGGAAAGAGAGCCGACAGUCCAAAUCGACUUGCACCGGAUGCUACAACUUUCGCAGAAAUGUUUGUCUUUUCAUAUGGAGUGGUCGUGUUUUGGAACUUUACCGAGCACCAGGAAAAAGAUAUUCUUGCCGACCUGACGUUUUCGGCGCAUAACACAGGUGUAUCACUUGUCGUCCGGCCUCAAGAAGAAGAAGAUCUCGAAACGGAAGAGCUCCAUUUUGAGUAUAACCCUUUUGUCGACAGACCACGAAUCUUUAAUGAUAUGAUCACGUUAAGGAGUGGCGAUCAUAUGAUCAAGCUGGCAAUGAGUCAUGCAAUUGCCCAGAGUACAAAACUGAGUUUCUUCGAGGAGCGGAUGUCGCAGACCAUGUUAAGUGCAGAGCAUGUACCUAAACACUUGGCCUUGACAGGCCAACUUGGUAUGUCUCGUACAGAAAUCCUCAAGAUUCUUGGUCGUCUCUUCAAGAGUAGGGUGGAUGUCAAUCUUUCAUCAAAUAUUCUUGAUGUCCCCAGCUUCUUUUGGGAUUCCGAGCCCACGUUACAUCCUCUGUAUGAAGCCAUUCGCGAGUAUUUCGAAAUCGGCCCUCGCAUCACGACGCUUAAUGAACGUUGUCGAGUUUUCUUAGAUUUGGCAGAAGUUUUAAGUGACAGUAUCGCAGAUACCAAGAUGAGCAUGAUCACAUGGAUUGUCAUCAUCUUGAUUAUCAUUAGUAUUGCAGUCACGGUCACAGAAGUAGGCUUGAGAUUCAUAAUACUAGAAAGGGAAGCAGGUGGGGGACGUGCAGUCGUACCUACGGAUAGAAAUUGGUCAAGAUUAGAUUUUAAUACUCCACAGUUGGAAGCAAUAUGUGGAAAGGAAAUCGUGGGUACCACGUUUGCAAACCUCUGA